AUGAGCGGCAUCAUAACUGAAAUGGGAAAUGACGACGUCCAGCCUUAUUGCAUCUGGUAUCCUGACCUAGCCUCCGAGGACACUUAUCGACUCCUGGCUUCCCGCUACCCCAGCAUGCGUUAUCAUGUUGGCAGGGCUUGUGCAGUAGCUGGCUAUUCCGACCUGUUCGAGGAACUCGGGCUUUUACCGGACGUCUCCAUCUGCGAAGAGGCUAGAGAGAGCCAGGCCGACGGGAGCAAAAUCAUCUACAACCGUAUCCUGAGCCAGCCGGUCCGCUAUGCUGUAAUGAACGACUACGAGCGAUCGGUCAACGAGGAUGACCCGAAGCCAGGCGCCCAUCUCAAUGGAGACACGGUAACGCUUUCAUAUCUCCGUGUUACGCAGGAUGUGGAGAGCUUUUUGACUCCGCGUUGGAAACGUCACUAUUUUGACAUCACCGAAGAUGCCAACGUCGGUCUGGUAUUUUCCGAAGCACUACUCCAGCCCAAAUUCCCAGUAGACCACGCUCAGUUGUUUUAUCAGCCUCUGCCUUCCGACCUGCCGACGACCAACAAAGACGCGCUCAUCCUGAUGGCAGCAUACGAGGGCAACGUGGACCGCUAUUUUCACUUACGGCGUCCCGUGUUGGUCAAGGACGAGCUAGAAUACAUCCUCAGGGUGAAACUUCAAACGGCUCUGGCCUGCAUUGCUGGUGACUAUCAUGUCACGUACAAGUUGCUCGACGUCGAGCCACACCACUAUCUGUGGAAGCAAGCACAGCUCUGCUCCGCCAACCCCUUCUACCUCCAGGAUCUGGAGAAACGGGCAGCUGAAGCUGGGAUCGACCUCGGCGUCGGCGUCGACGGACCGCCUCCAAUAGGGUUGAGUGGCUUCUUGACUGCACUGGGUCCUAUCAGAGAGCCGACCACCCUGCAAAUGUAUCCUGGCGUCAUGGUAGAAACAUGGCUCUUUGACGACGGGGUGUAUCCAGGACACUACAACGUAAACGGUAACCUGUUUGAGACAUAUAUCUGUGCCACUGACGAAAGCAGAAGGAGAGCAGAACAAUACGAGGAAAACCCACCUGAAGAAUACUGGAGAGACACCUUACAGUGGUCUUAG